AUGCCGAAGCUGGCGAAGAGAGCUUGUGACACUUGUAUCGCUCGGAAGGUCCGUUGCGAUGGAGAAUUGCCGUGUCGAACUUGCAAGUCAUCAAAACGGAAUUCGCCAUGCACCUAUGUCAGGCCUGCUCAGAAGAGAGGCCCAAAGGUCCGGCAACCUUCAAAACAGAGCAGUGGAAAUUUUGAGGCUCCUCAGCCGGCUGAGAAAAUUCAAUCGACUGUGCUGCAAAAUAGGAGUGACGUCUCAUUAGAAAGUGCCCGAGAAAUUGUUUGCUCAUCGCAGACAUCCCCACCGUCUUUGGUAAAAACAAUAUCACAAGUCAUCAGGGAAUAUGAGAAUCAUUCAUACAGUGUAUGGCCUGUCAUUCGAUCCAAUAUACUUGUUCAACAACUUGCUCUAUUACCUUUUGACGAGCCUACAUUUUGUUUGGCAGCAGCGCUCUGUGCUGCCACAAUAGCUCAGUUGAACAUAAUAAAUAAGCGAACCUCAGCAUUACUGUUUAUUCAAGAAGCAGUUUCAUCGGCAAAAGUACUGGGCCUUGAUAAAAACAACCAGGCUUUGCAAGGAUCAGUUGCGGAUGUAGUUGACAACGGACAAAUUCUGUUUUCUUUAUUGUGGGUUUCAGAAAGAGGCUAUAGCGUGCAUUUAGGACUGAGGCCCUCAUUUCUUGACCCUCUAUUUAUUCCUUUGGUUGAGGAUGCUGUUAGCAAUCCUCAUAUAUACGGUUUAAUUGAGUUGGCCAGGCUCUUUACCAUAUUUGAUUAUUGUACUUUCCUGGAUGUAUCAGAGGAAAUACUCAUAAAAUCCGAAAAAACAUUGAAAGCUUUGCAAAUUUCGGCAGAAAAAACAACAAAAUCUCGUUUGGCUGACCACACUAUCACACGGGAAUGGAUGCGAACUAUAAUCUGGCAACGUGCCUUAUCGGCAGGCUAUCUUUCUUCUUACUCGCAGUCAAAUUUGACAGACUUUCGUUUCCCAGUUGUCGUAAGCCAUGAUCUAUUGGUCGCUCUCCGGCACUUCUCCUCUGACGAUUUGCUCCCUUUAGGGCGCGAUCAGCUUUUGAAAUGCUUUGAGAUAGCCAACACUUUGGCUGAUUCGCUCCUAUGCAAUUCUGUUCCUGCAGAAACGACAACCCUACGUUGCGGCCCAUAUGAAUUCCUGCACGCUCUAUACCAGAAAAUCCAUCCUUUUAUAUACCUAGAUACUACUCUUGACACAAUAUUGCGAGAAAAGACUGCACAAGCACUUUUGCGCGCGCCGUCUCACUUUUGGAAUCUUAGUCUACCGUUAGCCAUGUACGAAGAUUUUUCUAUCGGCCAAGAGAUCGACAAUGCCUUGGUAUAA